AUGUUAUUACCUCUUCUUUUCCUACCAUUUUCAUUUGCGACAAUUUUAAUCCCCCCACCAACAGGCAAAUAUGGAGUUUCUCUCACAAACAUACAAUUAGUUGACAAAACCCGCCCGGAUCCAUGGGGUUUUGACACAAUUGCAAACCGCCGUAUAGUUGUCUCACGAUUCGAUCCCGUCGCCCCAAGAUCAUGUCGAACAAAACAGCGGAUCCCAUACAUGACAUCCGUAGUUGCAGAAGAAGAAGAUCGUAUCCUAGGCCCCUACGAGUGGCCAGUCGGAGUACUAGGUCAACUUGAGCUAGAAUUGUGUGUUCCUAAGAACAAGGUCGUGAAAGACGCACCUGUCGUGCUGUUCUCGCCAGGAGGAAAUACUACACGCUUUUAUUAUUCCGCGCUUGCCUCCGAAAUUGCCAGUAGAGGAUAUUCAGUCAUCACUAUCGACCAUCCCUUCGAGACGGAUAUUGUAGAGUUUGACGAUGGUACGAUUGCGUAUGGAGGACAUUAUAGCGCAAGGAAAAACCUCACGUUUGCGGAGACUGCUGUCUCAGUCAGAGCGGCUGAUAUGUCAUUCGUGCUUGAUACUCUGGGAUUGAAGGACCGUAAGAAGGAUAAAGCUGCUGCGUUUGGACACUCUUUUGGGGGUGCUGCUACUGCAGCGGCCAUGAGACUCGAUCCUCGAAUUCGUGGUGGGGUCAAUCUUGACGGAUUGUUGUAUGGUGAGGUCGUACAGGCGGGAUUUGGCGAGAAGAAGAACAGCAAGCAGUCAUUCGUCCUCUGGGGUGCUCAAGGUCACAAUUCUACGGAAGAUCCGGAUUGGAAUUCUUUUUGGUCAGCUCUAGGAGAACAGAAUGUAUGGAAGCGAGAACUGAGUUUGUUGGGCGGCGCACAUGGUGCAUUUUGGGAUUUGAACCUUAUUGCCGAUGUUGCUAAUGUUCGAGGCCAAUUUGGUCAAUAUACUGAGGAGGAUUUGAUCAGUAAGCUACCAGGGAAAAGGGUUUAUCAGAUUGUAGGUGAUUAUUUAGAUGAUUACCUCAAGUUUGUUUUCGAGGGAGGUAGUGAAGGGUUGUUGAAGGGGCCGAAUAAGAAGUACCCCGAGGUGGACUUCUUGUAA